UUAUCUUAACGCCCUCUGUAUAUCUUCUUACUUUUCAGAUGAUUUUGGAAAUCUACUAAGAGGAGCUGCCCUAGCAUUCUAAUGCACAGUCAACUGGGACACUGAUAAGUUUCCAGACUGCUUAUCUAGGCAUUAUCUUUGCCUUCACUACAUGUACACCGACACAUCCUUUCAAGCCUGGAGACAAGGUCCUGGUAAAGCGACUGCACAAGAAUAAAAGUCUGGAUCCUCCUUUUGGACCACCCACAGAGGUCAUUGCAGUAACACGCACCGCAGUUCUCACAGACGAGAGCCCAACAUGGAUCCAUGACAGCAGGAUCAAGAUAUUCCCACAGAAUUGGAAGACAGACGCUGGAUCUACAGUGCCCGCUCCCCAACCCAACGAGCUAUCAUCUAUGUGUUAUUCAUAACAGUCAUUGCUGGUGCUGCCAUUGGCCUAGUGGCUACUGUAGCCAUUGGAGUCCCAACCUACAGUCCAAGUUCAAUCCCUAGUCCUGGUGCGCCCCUGCACGAUGAUAAUAAUGACACCUCAAAAGCCAAUAUGUUGCACUCCCGCAGGUUAAGAGAUCUACAUCUCACAUCAUGGGAAAAAGGCAAUACUUUUAUUAAAACCACUGUGAACUUAUAUAAGGUGACUAAUAAAACAACACCAUGCUGGGUCUGUGGUUGUUCUCCUCAUGGAGAGAAGUGGGGAUAUCCAUAUUAUGGUCACCCUCUCAACGCUGACGAUUUACAUCAUUUAAUUACUUCACAUACUAUGUGGAACUUUACAUUUAGUAACUCAUCCAAAGACUUAUCAGAAAAGCAAAAAGUACACCUUGUAAAUUAUGCUAAUAAUGGCUCCAUAAUGUCAUGGAAUCAUAAUGGUUCUAUUUUUUACCCAGAUACUAUGAAAACAUGGCCCCCAACUGUGUUAUUUUCCUACAAUGGUGGUUUAAUAGAUAGAACACGUAACAGUAUUUCCAUUUGGGAUCACACUUAUAUUUCUCUGUACUAUAAUAAAUCUCUAACAUUAGAUCCAGUACACAAAAUCAUUUAUGAUUGGUAUAGAUUAACUGUAACUGAAAUGAUUACUUUUACAGGUGCAACUAUCUUAGGUAACCGUUCCUUACGUAAGAAUCCAUUAUGUCCACCUACACCCACUUUACCUUAUGGUUAUUAUUGGUUAUGUGAAAAAUGGGCUGUAAAAAUGAUACCAUGCACACAUCUUUCACCAUGCUAUUUAGGAUAUAUCAUCCCUGCAAUACGCACUCACAACACACUGCCUAAAGAUACACUUCGCCGGCGUAGAAGCGCAGCUUUUAGAGACUCAUCUGCAUCAGGCCUUACUGUUAAAACUAGUUAUAAUGAAAUAUGGUCUGCAUCCUGGGUACCUAGCGCAGCAUCCAUUAGACUUUAUUAUAAGCUUAAUCUCUUUGCAACACUCACAGAUGAGGCUUUUAAUUACACUACUGACACUAUAGAAUCACUCAGUAUGAGACAAGAACAAAUUGCACAAACCACUCUCCAAAUUAGAAUGGCGUUAGACUAUCUUUUAGCGGCAGAGGGGUGUGUGUGCGCUAAGAUUGGCGCAACUUGUUGUGUUUUUAUUACCAAUAAUACAGGUAGAAUACACCAAGAUAUAAAUAAAUUACAUGAAGUCCAAAGUAAAAUACGUAAACAAGCACAUAGUGCCUUUGAUGGUUUUGAUUGGCUAUUUGGUUUUGGCUCAUGGAUAGGUUCCCUUGGAAUGCGUAUUACAGGUAUUAUUAUUGCUAUUAUUAUUAUCUUGCUAGUAUAUCUAUUGUUUAAGCUUAGUGUAUGUGCUAUUAAUAGAUUCACAUCACCUAAUACCAAAUCAUCACCACACAAUGUUCAAUAUGAUCAAUCUUACAUGGCUAUGUUACCUUCUACUUCUUCAUUUCUUUCCACUCCCCAAUACCUGACUAUUAUCCCAUCUCGUUCUCCUAAACGUACUCUUUCCAUUGAGCCCCCCAAAGACUCUCCACCCUCUCAUCCUUCCUACCCUCUUUAUCACACCCUCACUCUCAGGUAAAGUUUUAUUCUUUUUGGUCUCAUAAUAAUCCUAAGAUAUAUAUAUAUAUAUAUAUAUAUA